AUGCCCCAAUCGCCGACGCCACGGCCCAAGAGGCCUUGGCAAGAGGUCGCCCGUGAGGCUCAGGAGUACAGAGAUGCUACCAUGAAAGAUUAUGAAACGAGUCUUCCGGAACCUCUUAAAAGUAAUAUGCCGAACAGCGUUAUGAAUAUACCUGGAUCUCUCCUAGGCGGUGACGACCUCCGAAUCACAGAGCUUCUCCCAGAGGAAUUGGUCUCACUGUUGGCGUCGGGACAAUUGAGCUCUGUUGCCGUGACUGAAUCUUUCCUAAGACGGGCAGCGCUCGCACAGAAGCUGGCAAACUGUGUAACAGAAUUGCUCCCAGAGCGCGCAUUGACACGGGCUAAAUUUCUCGACGAUCACUAUGCCAGAUACAAGAAGCCAAUAGGACCUCUUCAUGGACUACCAAUCAGUGUGAAGGAGCAUAUCGGUAUGGACGGGCUGCGCGUUCAUUGCGGCUAUGUAUCAUGGUGGUAUAAAAUUGGCAAAGAGGAUGCCCAUGUGCUUGAGAUUCUCUGGAAUGCCGGCGCCGUGUUCCAUGCAAGAACAACGGAGCCACAGAGCAUGAUGCAUCUUGAAACUGACAGCAAUCUUUACGGAGUUACCGUGAACCCUUACAACCGCGACGUCACUUCCGGGGGCUCAUCUGGCGGCGAAGGCGCUCUUAUUGCUCUCAGAGGUAGCUGUUUGGGAAUUGGAUCGGAUGUUGGAGGAAGCAUCCGAAACCCGGCUGCUAACAAUGGCAUAUAUGGGUUCAAGCCAACCGCCUUUCGUAUACCGACAGAUGGCUGGGGAUACGCCAUGGCCGGAGCCGAUACUAUCGACAGCGUUCCUGGACCGUUGUCAACUAGUCUUUCCGGAAUCAAGCUUUUCAUGAAAGCUGUGCUCGACGCAAGGCCGUGGCUCACCGAACCAGCGAUUGUACCCAUUUCUUGGGAUUCCAAUCUCGCUCUUACCGAUAGGCAACCGCUCAAGGUCGCAGUGAUGUGGCACGACGGGGUAGUGAAGCCUCACCCACCCGUUACCCGAGCCCUCAGCUCCGUCGUGGAGAAGCUGAGGUCUCUCUCCAAUGUCACAAUAGUCGAUUGGAAGCCUCAUCUACACGAUGAAGCCUGGGCUAUCAUAUCGAACUUAUACUACCCAGACGGAGGCGAAGAAGAUGCCGCAGCCAUCGACUCAUCUGGCGAACCUUGGCGUCCGUUGACCAAGUGGAUCAUCAAAGAAAAUCCAUGUGUGAAGGAGCUCACCCGGGGAGAGCUUAAUUACUGGCUUGAGGAGCGGGAGGCAUAUCGAAAAGAGUACGCUAAUGCCUGGACCGCAACUGCCACUGGAGGUAAUUCUGCUACGGGAGACCUUGGAGGCAUGGUUGAUAUUAUUCUCUGCCCAGUCGGCCCCGGAGUUGCGCCAGAACACGGAACUGCAAAAUACUGGUGCUAUACUAGCCAGUGGAACCUGCUCAACUAUCCUGCGGUAGUGUUUCCUGUGAGCAAGGUGGAUGCAGGUGUCGAUGUAAAGGACGGAGCUUACGAGCCGAAAAGGGGUGUAGACAGAGACAACUGGGACCUUUAUGAUCCGCACAAGUUCGACGGACUUCCAAUCUCUUUGCAACUAGUGGGCAGGAGAUAUGAAGACGAGAAGGUGCUUGCAAUAUUGGAGUAUAUCAAGGAAAAGAUCGGACUCCCGUUUGCCAAGUUUCCAUAG